AUAAAAGGGAAGCGAUCAGAAUGGUUGCAUUACUGCAGUAACUCUUGCUGUCAAUAGGACCGUAGGUAAAUAGGUAAUUUGCUACAAUUUGAUUUAACGUCGAUCAUGGCUUGUCAACCGUUAGUCACUUUCGCGUGGACGCUUCUCGUCCUCGCAAUGUCUGAGUCGGCGGGAGCGAUCCCUUACACGAGGAAUACUAGAGAAUUGCCCAUGAUGGUUCCGGACAAGGAAACGGGAGCCAGGGUAGCAAAAUGGACCAAGGAAAUGAAUGUGAAUCCAGAGGAAUUGGGCAGUUACUUCGAGGGAGACAUCAUGAUCACAAGAAACACCAAAAGAAACGGAGCGACUGAUGAAUCUCUCCGUUGGCCUAAUUGCGUCGUUCCCUAUGAAAUCAAUGGUGAUUUCGAUGACAAUCAAAUGGCUCUUAUACAAGCUGCGAUGGACGACUAUUCUCAGUCCACGUGCAUUAAGUUUGUACCGAGGACGGCGAGGACAGAUGAAGAGGAUUAUGUCAGCAUCACUAGUGAAGACACUGGGUGCCAUAGUAACAUUGGCAGGAUUGGCGGUGAACAAAUAGUAAACCUACAGAUUCCUGGUUGUGUAAUAAAGAAGGGUACCGUCAUACAUGAGCUCAUGCACGCCAUCGGUUUUUGGCACGAACACACCAGAGAAGAGCGUGAUGAUUACGUGGAUAUCAAUUGGGAUAAUAUUCAAGAAGAGGCCACGGGAAAUUUUGUUAAAGUUAGCCCGGGACAGACUACCGCUUUCGGAGUUCCUUACGAUUACGGCAGCGUGAUGCACUACACUGCGUACGCGUUUGCCAAAGACGACAGUCAAAAAACCAUUAUCACAAAAGAUCCAAACGCAGAAAUCGGCCAAAGAGAGGGCUUUAGUGACUCCGACAUUAAAAAGAUUAAUACGAUGUACCAGUCUGCUUAAUAUUGACAUAAUGAAUUUAUGUCAGGGAUCAGUUCUACGGCGAAUGGCUACAGUUUGGCGAUAUCUUUGGACUUGAGAAAGAUCUUAAUUAAGAAUAUUUAAUAAGAAUAUUUUUAUUAUAAAAGAAAAACAGAUAUUUAGUAUAAAGCAUAUAUGAGAAUUUUUUCUUGCAAAACCUGUUAUUGAUUAACAGGAUUAUUAUGUUAUUAUAACUAUUAUAUAUUAUCAUAUUAAAAAUGUUUUUACAUCUCGUAU